AUGGGGUUGGACUGGGGACCAGUGUUGAUGUCGGUGGUUUUUUUCAUACUGUUGAGCCCUGGAGUUCUGUUUCAGCUGCCUGGAAAGAGCAAAGCGGUUGAGUUUGGUAAGUUUCAAACAAGCGGUCCUUCCAUUGUCAUCCACACUCUCCUCUUCUUCGCUUUCAUCACCAUCUCCCUCGUCGCCCUUAACAUCCACAUCUACGCAGCCUAA